GUAUGUACAACACUCAUGGCUCGUGUAUCUUUACCCCUUAGCGCGAGCUUGCUGUGUACGCAUAGUUUUACAUUCUUUGUGGUCUUUGGUUGGGCGAGGUUACAUUGCUGCUGAAGGGAAUACUUGGUUUCUAUCUUAAUAGGUACGGCACGAGCUGCCUUGUCUCUGACAGGGCUAAGGACCUGCUUCAGCAGCCUUAUUAGAAACCCAGUGUGAAAGUUGAGCGGCCAACGGCCUCCAAGUAGGACUGGCGCAAUCUCCAGGGCGCGCGUUUCCCUGCAAGGGAUACGCGGCAGGUCGCUGACACAACAUGGUUGUGUUUGCGAAUAGCCUGCCGCGUCGCGCCUUGGUUACCCAAAAGUAUCAGUCACAAACAGCCAUGCUGUCAUUCCUUAAGGUCGGCAAGCGUCGCUCCCACCAGUAUCUUGCUGCGUCAGCUCCAGCAUCAGCUACUGUUCAUAGUUCGACUGGCCUUGAGCUGGCCGAUGGCCCCUCUAGCAGCGCGCCCCUGACGACCAGUGCUUCACCCUCCGAUAUCUACACACGUUCAACGCCUUUGCCGCCAGGCAAAACGCUCCAGCUACGCACAAGCGUCUGUUACCUUCCGCAUCCGGAGAAGGUGCACUAUGGUGGCGAGGAUGCUCAUUUUAUUUCGGACUUUGGUGGGGGCAUGAUCGGUGUCGCUGAUGGAGUGGGCGGUUGGCAGGAGAGCGGCGUGAACCCUGCAGACUACUCGCGGACCUUGAUGCAGUUCGCACGCGCGUAUCUGGAAGGCAAGGAUAUCUUUGCAGAGCUGGCAUCUUCACGGCAAGGCGUCCUUAUAGACCCCAGGGGGGCUCUCGACGCCGCGCAUAUGAACACAAAAGUACCCGGGUCCGCCACAGCAUGUGUCUUGCAACUGGACCAGUCGAGCUGUACCCUCGUAGCCGCUAACCUGGGCGACAGCGGGUUUGUUGUCAUUCGUGACGGCAAGGAGCUCAUUCGCUCCAAGCCGCUGCAGCACUACUUCGACUGCCCGCUGCAGUUCGGCGCCUUCCCCGAGUUUGUGGAGGCGACAGACACAGCCGACAUGGCAGACCUUUACCGCAUUGCACUGCGACCUGGGGACGUCAUCGUCGCCGGCACGGACGGCUUGUGGGACAACUGCUACCUGUCGGAAAUCGUGCCGAUGUUGCCCAAGACGCCAGCAGACACGCACACCGCUGCUGAGGCUAUUGCGGCGGCAGCUCGGCGCCACGCCAGCGACACGGAGUUCGCUUCUCCGUACACGCGGGAGGCGCUGUCGCAGGGGUUGGACCUCCCCUGGUGGGACAAGCUGCUGGGAAUGUCGUUCAAGGGCGGCAAGCUGCAUUUGAAGCAGCUGACCGGUGGCAAGAUGGACGACAUCACUGUCCUCGUGGCGUUCGUGGACGUGGUGGAUGCGCCCAAGCCGGCCCCGCCGCCGCCACCACCAGUGCAGGAGGAGGCGCCGGGAGCUGGGUUGGCUCCUGACGCGGAUGCACCGUCCACGCAGGGGUGAGGUGCGACGAGUAGCACACGCACCAGCACACUAGUACGAGGGUCACGAAAUGAGUGUUAAUAUGACGUGUGUAUUCUUGUGUGGCUAUCGAGUAAUGGCAGGUCUUGCCAGCUUCGAAAAUGUGUCGUGCAUGUGCGGUCCUAACGGCUUGAUCGAGGGGCCUGGGCUUCCACGGUGCCAAAACUGGUUGACUGUCUAACGUUAACCACAUGAUUGGGGGUUUACCGUUGGCAACUACGGUUGGGGGAUUGCCAACGGUAGAAGAGGCCGGCGGUGCAUUGGGUGCUCGGAGGACUCGCGGCGCUAGGCGUUUUUUUAGCAUUCGCUGGCGUCAAUGCCGUACCGUUUAUCGAGUACUGUUGGGGAUCGCGACACAAUGUUGAUAUUUUGGUGGGACAGACGUGUUCCUUGCUGUUUCAUGCGGCAUGGUUGCAUACAGUGGCUUGGGCCGUUCCAACCCCGUGUUUUUUGACUACUGUUGUGCAGCGGGCCCGCGACCUCUACUGUGCGGGGGCGCGGUCGCGUUGCGUUGCUAGGGUUAUUUGCCUGCUUUUUAGAACUUGUCAGGGAAAUCGCGCUCAGUGUGGAGCUGUGGUGGUGCAAACCCGAUUGGUAUGAAGGUUGUGUUGCUGAGGUUGACGUGGAGGCGCUCAAAGACACGAAGCCGGAAGGGCUUUUCCCAUCGCUUUCUGCGGCUGCUGCGCAGUGUCGCUUGUUCCAUCAUCCUCGUGUAUCGGAG